CCACCACCCAUCCCCUUGUCGCAUCACCUUUUCUACUGCAGAGGGGCACAAAAGGUCCUCUAAACCCCACCAGCAGCUUCCCCUCCGAUCUCACCCCACAGCCGCCGGCGAGAUCUCCAGGAUGCCGUUGGCCGGGCGGCGGGACGGCCCCCUAAUGCUGCGAGGCGGCGGAGGUGGGAAACCCCUGUCACGCGGGUCCCGCAUCGCGGUGGCCGUCGCUGUCGGCGUCGCACUCGGCUGCGUCUGCGCCUUCCUCUACCCCAACGGCCUCUUCUUCCGCCCGUCUGCCUCUGCCCUCCAAUGGACGCACCAGAUGGAUAAGAAGCAGCUCCAACACAUGGAGGGAUGCUAAAUCUUCUGAACAUUGGAGUAGCAUGGAUGUUAGAAUAGGGAAAGUUGGCUAUCUAGAUGUCAAGAAUGCAUCAGCAAGCCACGGCAGGACAUAGUGACAAAAUGAGUCUUGCUCUCAGGUGUGCAAAGCUAUCAAUUUCCGUUGCGGCUUGUGUUUUUACCUUGGAUGAGGAAUAGUACUGCAUGAAGGUUGAUUCAACUGCUUGCGAAUCAUCAAGACGAGUUACCAACCUUAAGUCCCAGGUGUCAUCAUUGGAGAGAGAGAAUGUUGAACUUAGGAGGCAGAUUAAUGAAUUAUCCAUGAAGCUUCAAAUCGCUGGACAAGGGAAAAAUGAGACUUUGUACAAGCCUGGUCCUUUUGGAGCUGUCAAGGCUUUGAGAACAAAUCCAACUGUAAUCCCUGAUAACUCUGUUAACCCCAGGUUGGCCAAGAUAUUGGAAGAGGUUGCUGUGAAAAAGGAACUCAUUGUUGCGUUGGCAAACACCAAUGUGAGGGAGAUGCUUGAAGUUUGGUUUAGCAAUAUCAAACGAGUUGGUAUUCCAAACUACCUGGUUGUGGCAUUGGAUGAUAAUAUAGAAAGCUUAUGCAAAUCUAAAGGGGUGCCAGUCUACCGGCGUGAUCCUGAUGAAGGCAUCGACAACAUUGCAAAAACUGGUGGAAACCAUGCCGUUUCUGGACUCAAGUUUCGUGUUUUAAGGGAGUUCUUGCAACUUGGGUAUAGUAUUCUCCUAUCUGACAUUGAUAUUAUUUUCUUGAGGAAUCCAUUUGAUCAUCUUCAUAGAGAUUCUGAUGUGGAGUCCAUGAGUGAUGGCCACAACAACAUGACAGCGUAUGGUUUCAACGACGUGUUCGACGAACCUUCUAUGGGUUGGGCCAGAUAUGCUCACACGAUGCGGAUUUGGGUGUACAACUCUGGAUUUUUCUAUAUAAGACCAACGGUUCCUUCUAUUGAACUUCUUGAUCGUGUGGCUGGCCGUCUUUCUCGUGAGCCAAAGUCAUGGGACCAGGCAGUUUUCAACGAGGAGCUGUUCUUCCCGUCCCAUCCUGGUUAUGAAGGCCUCCAUGCAUCCAGGAGAACCAUGGAUUUUUAUCUUUUCAUGAACAGCAAAGUCCUCUUCAAGACAGUGAGGAAAGACGCCGGGCUCAAGAAGCUAAAGCCAGUGAUUGUGCAUUUGAACUACCACCCUAACAAACUAGAGCGAAUGAAAGCGGUUAUCGAGUUCUAUGUCAACGGCAAACAAGAUGCACUGGAUCAUUUCCCUGACGGGUCAGAAUGAGGAAAUUACAGAUAGUUGCGGGUAAAGAAACCUAUACCCUCUGUAUCCUACUCAUUUUGGGGUGUUCUGGCGUUUGGAUCUACAUGUCUCAGAUGUGGGAUCUCCACACGUGCGAGAAUGUUUGGCGAGUGCAACAUGGAUGGAUGCAUUGGCUUUGAGGUAUUUGGAUAUCUCCUUGGUCUCUAGUCCCUACUAACCUCAACCGUUCUGUAGCAAAUUUGUACAAGCUUAGAUAGAUGGCUCAUCACGUUUUUUCCCUUUUUCCGUACAAUUUUUUGAGGUUCGAAUUUUGGAAGUCGAGGCGGUUUGUUCUGGACUGGUGAUACUUUUGAUGCUGGUGUUUCUUGUGUGGUGGUUUAUUGCUUGUGGUUUGAGAAGCUUUUACGGUUUCAUUUUUUAA